AUGGAUGGCCAUGGUUUUGAACCUCUGAAAAUGGAGGGGACACAGCCCUUUCAAAAGAUGCUUAAAGGAGAGCCGACAGAGUAUGAGCUAAGCACCAUCUUCACAGAUACCAUGGCAACAGGGUCACUGUCCAUUAAACAGGAGUCUUACUCUGCAACCAUGAAGUAUGAACCUGACAGCCCACUGAACAUCAAAGAAGAACACUUUGAAAUCACAGUCAUGGUCCCAGAGGAACCCACAGGUCUGGAAAUGAAGCAGUCUGCCAGUAGUAAAAGCUGUGGUGAGGGGUCCAAGCUUGCCGAAACAUCCCCCUCCUCACCUAUCCAAUCAGACUAUGAGUCAGAGUUGGAUGAUGGCCGUGAUCCCAGCUGGGCUCCGUAUACUCAAAAAGCACGCACAUCCAAACCAAAGGUCCACUGUACUCCCAGCAUAACUCAGGACUCCCCCAAAAUACGAGUCAGGAAGAUGAGACUGCCCGCUGAAAAGCCUGCAAUACAGCAACCAUUUCAAAAUCAAAAAAAGUGGCCAAAUUCUGAUGAAAAAUCUAAACAACUGGACCGACUCAUCACAGAAAUGAUAAUCACUGACAGCCAGCCAUUUACGAUGGUGUCUGAUGCUGGCUUCAAGCGACUUCUUGCAGUGGCUGAGCCAAGGUACACAUUGAAAAAUGAGAAGUUUUACCGUACCGAAAUGCUUGAACAAAUUCACCGCCAGGUUGUAGCCAAGAUAAAGACCCUCAUCCAAGCAGAGAAUGCUGGUCAAUGUCUUGCUUUCACUACUGACUGCUGGUCUAGUACUACAGAGUCACUCAUGAGUCUCACUUGCCAUUUCAUUGACAAUAGCUGGAAAAGAAACCAGGUAGUCCUGAACACAAAAGCAAUGCAUGGUUCCCAUACUGACCAAUACAUAAGGGAAAUAUUCUUGGGCAUGCUUGAUGACUGGGGAAUAGGCCAAAACCGAGUGAUGCUUGUGCUUCGUGACAAUGGAGCAAAUAUGGUCAAAGGAAUGAAGCUAGUUGAUCUUCCAGACCUUAGCUGCACAGCACAUUUACUACAGCUUGUGGUGAAUGAUGGUUUGAUGAGCCAAAGAGCUGUGAUAGAUAUAACUGCAAUGUUGAAGAAAUGUGCAACACAUUUCCAUCAUUCUGUUCUUGCCAAGGAGCGUUUGGGGGCCAUUCAGAAUGAACUUGGUCUGCCUAAGCACAGUUUGAUUCAGGCUGUCCCAACCAGAUGGAACUCAACGCUACACAUGCUACAAAGAAUGCUGGAACAGAGGUGUGCUCUCAAUGCCUAUGCAGGCAAAUACGGAGGGUAUGAAUGUCCAAAUGCAGACCAGUGGGACAUUGUAAGUAAUUUGGUUGAAACUCUCCUUUUAGUUGAAGAGGUGACACUUGAUGUGAGUCAGAACACUUCAUCACUGUCUUGCAUCAUUCCAUGCCUGACAGUACUAAAAAUGCUGCUUCAAGAUGAUGAAGGACCUUCCACAAGAGGAAUAGGAACUCUUAAGCAGGUCAUGAGAGAGUCUCUCAGCAAACGCUUUCCAAAACUUGAGGAAACGAAAUGUGUGGUGCUUGCUUGUUUCUUGGAUCCCCGCUACAAGCAUCAUGCUUUUUCCUGUGAGCAAACAGCUCAGAAAGCCAAAGAGUGGCUUUGUGAAGACAUUGCACAACAAGGACAAAUUGAGGAGAGCAAUGCAAGUAUAGAAGCAAAAAGGAAGCGAAUUGAGAGUAUAGCCUCUCAUGGCCGGAUUGAUGAAAUGUUCAACCACUUAUUAGGACCCCACACAAGCAAGGCUGUACACCAUACAACCAUUGAGGAUGAAGUAGAUCUCUAUAUUAAGGAACCAUUGAUUGAUCGCCGAAAUGGAGAUCCACUACUUUGGUGGAGUGAAAAUGAAGGACGCUUUCAGCUACUUGCUGCGCAAGCAAGGAGAUAUCUCUGUCCCCCACCCUGUUCACUUCCUAGUGAAAGAGUUUUCAGUGAAAUUUCACUGGUACAUGACAAAAACAGGAGCAGGCUCACAGGAGAAAAUGCUGAAAGGCUCUGCUUUCUUCACCACAACCUAGUGCUACUUGACUGGAAGUACUAG